AUGGAAACAGUCGAGCUGAACUGGCGGUGUGCCUUUUGGAGCCCACCAGAGACGCCGCUCUCCCUACACGUCUAUUGCACCCAGACUCGUCAAUGUACUCUAUCUGACAUUGCCGAGAAAAACUCGGAGUUUCUUGCCGCAGUUGAGACGCUUGAUAGCGGUAAAGCAAUCAGCCUGGCCCGAGGUGAUGUCGCCGCUGUUGUUAGUACGUUGCGAUAUUAUGCUGGCUGGGCGGAUAAGCUCGAGGGGAAGACCAUUGAUAUCGAUCCUGAUAUGCUGCAUUAUACUCGCCCAGAACCACUCGGAGUCUGUAUUGUUAUGAAAACUGCCGAGCAGACGCCUCUCUCUGCUCUCGUCUUCACCCAGUUUAAUGAGCAGGCUGGCUUCCCGGCUGGUGUUUUUAACCUCGUCUCGGGAUUUGGUCGGGUCGUCGGAGCAGCUAUUUCGUCUCAUAUGGGCAUCGACAAGAUAAUGAAGGAAGCUGCUGCAUCUAACCUCAUGAAAGUAACUCUUGAGCUUGGCGGCAAGUCUCCUAACGUCAUCUUUAAUGACGCUGACAUUGAGUCAGCCGUCACCUGGGCUAAUAUUGGUAUUUAUUACAACCAAGGCCAGACCUGCGCCGCUGGCUCGCGCAUUCUUGUUCAGGAGGGGAUUUACGAUAAGUUCGUGGCUACGUUCAAGGAGCGUACGCUUCAAAACGAAGUCGGUGAUCCCUUUGACGAACAAAGUUUUCAAGGCCCUCAGAUCAGUCAGCUUCAGUAUGACCGCAUUAUGGGUUAUAUCAAGUCUGGUAAGGAAGAAGGUGCAACUCUUGUGACUGGUGGAGGUCGCGUCGGUACCAAGGGCUUCUUUAUCCUGCCGACUAUCUUCACCGAUGUCGGGCCAGAUAUGAAGAUCAUGCGGGAGGAGAUUUUUGGACCUGUUUGCGCUAUCGCAAAGUUCAAGGAUGAGGCAGAAGCCAUUCAACUAGCGAACGACACCAACUUUGCCUUAGCCUCAGCUGUUCAUACUACCAACCUCGAUACUGCUAUCCGUGUCAGCAACGCGAUCGAGGCUGGAACCGUUUGGAUCAAUUGCUAUAACAAAAUGCAUUUUGCACUUCCUGUCGGCGGCUUCAAAGAGUCUGGAAUUGGUCAGGAGCUUGGAGAGGCAGCUUUGGCUAAUUACACCCAGAAUAAGAGUGUCGCAAUUCAGCUACAGCCCAAGCGUCACUGA